CUUAAAAGCACUGGCACGCAGUGAUCAGCAGAACUAUUAUAACCUGAUUUCGUACGUCCAGGCAGUUACUUUUACCACAAUGUGUGAGGCACAUAAAGGAGAAUUGAGUGACCUAGAAAAAUGCAUGGAUGGCUUCAUUCAAAUUUUCCGCAAAUAUGCAGGAACAGAUGAAGACCUUCAAACGUUAUCCUUAAGUGAAUUGAAAUGUCUUUUGGAAAAUGAACUCUCCCGCUACAUGACAAAAGGAGAAGAGGAUAAAAUUGCAAAGCAGAUGCUAGAAAACCUGGACACAAAAGUUAAAGACAACAAGGUUUCAUUUGAAGAAUUCAUGAGCCUGGUGGUUACCAUCUGUCUUCAUGCACAUGAAUGUCAAAUGAAAAAUGAAUGCACAAAGUGAAAGAGUAGAAGAAAAUAAGACCACGAAAAAAUAAAUCUAAAGGAUCUUACUUUCAAUUGUUUCUCUCAACACUUGUAUUAACAAAUAAUACAUGUAGAUGACAAAUUUAAACUGACAUAAUUUAUUAUACAUAUUUCCUAAUAUAAAUUGUUCAAGAGAUAAAGUUUUAUUGAGUGAUUUUUUGUUGCAUACCUUGAUUCAUUCCAUUUUUUAGUUAUUUCAUUUUACUAUAUGCUCAAGUUUAUCAAAUCUGGAUGCAGUUAACUCUUCUGUAUUUAUAGCUUUGCUUUCCUCAAAUCUUUAUAUAGUGUCACUUUUACAUCAUACAAAAACAAUUCAUUUUGUAACAGUAUGCAGAGACCAAA